GAUGUGGCUCGUGUAGAGGGGAAGGAGGUUUAUAUACCCUCAAAGUAAACUCCCGAAACUUUUAGAAGCGUCAGUACUGAGUUGAGUUGGCUAUUAUUUAAAUAGGCCUAUUUAUCUCUUUACAAACGUUUCACACAUUUAGUCUCAUUGAGGCUAUCCAAACUUGUCAGGUCAGUCAGUCGGUCCAUAAUUUAUUUGAAAAGUAAUUUUUGUCAACUUGAAGGAGCAUCAUCAUGUAUCCAGAAUCUACAGUGGGGUGCAGCUUUGAGGAGUGCAGCGCUACAGCAGAAUGGCUCCUGUCCCGGACAGAGAUGCGCCCCCUGGUGGGGAUAGUUUGUGGCUCAGGCUUGGGAGGCUUGGCAGAAAUGCUAAAAGAUCAGAUUGCAUUUAAAUACAGCGACAUUCCUAACUUUCCCCAGAGCACAGUGCAUGGUCACGCUGGCAGGUUGGUGUUUGGCAUGCUGAAAGGGAAAGCAUGUGUUUGUAUGCAGGGAAGAUUCCAUCUCUAUGAGGGAUACCCCAUCCAUAAGGUCACAAUGCCCAUGCGGAUUUUCAAGCUGCUGGGUGUGGAGACUGUCAUCCUGACCAAUGCAGCUGGAGGUCUCAAUCAGGACUACAAGGUUGGGGACAUCAUGAUCAUCAAAGACCACAUCAACAUGCCUGGGUUCGCUGGGAACAACCCACUGGCAGGACCCAAUGAUGAGAGGUUCGGGGUUCGGUUCCCCUCCAUGUCUGAUGCGUACGACAGGGAACUUCUGCAGCUGGCACAAGGUGUGGGGGCGGAGCUUGGCUUUGGUGACUUCCUGAGAGAGGGAGUUUACUGCGUCCUGGGCGGGCCCUCAUUCGAAACCAUCGCUGAGUGUCGUAUGAUGAACAGACUGGGGGCUGACGCUGUGGGCAUGAGUACGGUGCACGAGGUGAUUGUAGCGCGUCACUGUGGGAUGCGUGUGUUCGCCCUGUCCCUGAUCACCAACCAGGCUGUGAUGGACUACGACAGCCAGGAGAAGGCCAACCACAAGGAGGUCCUGGAGACAGGCCAGCUGAGGGCAACGCAGCUAGAGAGACUGGUGUCCAACAUGGUGACCUACAUAGAGCACAACAAUAACGACGCCUGAUAACUCUGACUGACCCUGGUUACACCGUGUGUGUGUGUGUGUGUGUCUGUGUGUGUGUGUGUGUGUGGUGUGUGUGUGUGUGUGUCUGUGUGUGGGGGGUGGAGGCGUCUGGCCAAGCCAAGCUGUUCUUUUUCUGUACUUUAACAUUCUUCAAGGUAGCUGUUUGUUGACAACGUGAAUCAUUGUUUAAUGUUUGUUAUGAAAAAAUGACAAUUCGGAGUAAAGUACUAUUAUUUAUGAGCCCUGCACUAAACGUUUAUAAAUAUAGAGCUGUAUUGAGGUGAAUUGACCCGGACUGACAAUAAUACAUUAAAUUAACUUUAUAUUUAUUUUUGUUCAGUUCAGAAAUACUUGCACGUUGUACCUUCCCUAACAAGUGUGACUAAUAAUGUAGAUUUUAAAAUUAGAUGAUAUAGGUGAAGUAAAUUACCAAAACGUACGGGUGUUCCCAUAAUAUAGUGGGCUCUAAAGUGCGACCAAUUUGGUCGCAUAUGCAACAAAAUAUUUAGCUGUGCGACUGCAGUUUUAAUUUUGGAGCACAGAAAGAAAGGAAAAUGGAUAGCUUCUUCAGGAGAUCAGUGAUUCUAGUAAUGAUGGUUUAGUAUGAAGAUGCCUAGAAACUGCUUCUCCAAUAGAAAUCCCAGAUCACGCAUGUAGUUAUGCGAUGUCCCGGCAAAGUUAGUUGGCUAAACUCAUGUGCAGAAACACGUCAUUGGGUCGAACUGUCGUGUCGCACUGAACUGCGUAUUUGCAUUCCGGUAAAAUCAAUGCCACUCCUUCGAUAUAAAUGAAAACGUGUCAGUUUGUCACUUUAACAAGGUUAUGACAUGUUCAGCUACUUAAAACAUUGGCUCGAAUCUAGAUUGAAAAUCGAGAAAAUUAACAACUAAGGAAGAAUUUUCCACUUCUCAUUGAUUUCCCAAACCCCAGUCUGGUUUGUUGAGUCGGCUUUGCGAAGCGUUCAUGGAAGUAUCAUAAUGUUGUGCCUCUUUGAGUUUAGAAACUCUGAUCAUAGCAAUGAGUGAAUGACGGUUGUGACUAGAGUGACUUUACGUAGCAGGUUAAGAGAGCAUUUGAGCUAACCCUAGCCAUUUUAUACCCUUAACCUAAAUAUCGUAAUCAACCACGUUAGUUAUCCUAACUUGCUGCAUAAAUUCUACUAACCUGCUAUGAAAAAGUAACUUCCGGUAAUGGCCGUACCCCUUUCUAGUCAAACCCAUGAAUGUCAGAUAUCUUGCACGUAGUCAUCACAAACUUGACGCUCUUAAAGAGACACUGUACCAUUUUCAAUGUAAUGCAUCUCAAUAAGAAAAUAGUGCUUUUACACAAUGUAGAAACCUUAUAUUCCCCACAUGACCGGUAUUUGUAUCAACAUUUUAGCUUUUUAUAAUAAACCAAUGUAUUUACAGCAUAACAUAUUCGUUUCUAGGGCACAACACGUGCUUCAGAAGUAAAUAGAAUUAAUAUAGGCUAUAUGCUCUUUUUUUAUUAUUAUUGUGCUUCUAACGUUUUAAAAUUGGGAGCACCAGUGCUACCAAUGACAUGUUUGAAUUUAGAGCAGUGACUGUAAUGUGCUGUAAAGUAGAAGUGUGUUGGUAUACUAACAAUUAUGUUCUCUGUAUAUUUUUAAUACUUAUUUAUAGAAGCACUUUUUUAUCGUGUAAUGUAUGCUUUUUCGUCAACGUCUUAAAAGGUGUUAAACUAGAUUAUUUUACCUUCCAAACGGCGGGUAGUUUUAGCUUUGCCUUAUAAGAAUGCUCAUGAAUGUGUAUAUCAAUGGGGAUUGAAAGGUGAAUAUAGGGUAUUUUGUUGGUGCUACACUCAAGUCUUACUGUCACAAUAAACAGAGUCAACUUGA